UUUACUUUUGCUUGUGGCCUUCUUGAGAGUCUUUUAAGCUGAAACUAAUUGUGAUGAAGCUAAAACUUCCAAAGGAACAUAUUUUUUUUAUUAUAGCUUUUUAUUUUCAAAAUGUAUACAUGAAUAAUUUUCAACAUUCACCCCUACAAAAUCUGGUGUUCUAAUUUUCUCCCCUUCCUUCCUCCCCCUCCCCCAGUCAGCAAGUGAUCCAAUAAUAUGUUAAACAUGCAAUUCCUCUAAACAUAUUUCCACAAAUAUCAUGCUGCACAAGAAAAAUCAGGUCCAUUAGGAGGGAAAAUUGAGAAAGAAAACAAAAUGCAAGCAAAUGACAAAAUGAGUGAAAAUACUAUGUCAGGUUCACAUUCAGUUCCCAUUGUUCUCUCUCUGGGUGUAGCUGCUUUCUUUGUCACAAGACCAUUAGAAGUGGUCUGAAUCUCCUCAUUGUUGAUGAGAGCCAUGUGUAUCAGAAUUGGUCAUUAUAUAAUCUUGCUGUUGCCUUGUAUAAUGAUUCUGGUCCUGCUCAUUUCAUUCAGCAUCAGUUCAUUGAGUCUAUCCAGGCCUCUCUGAAAUCAUCCUGCUGAUCAUUUCUUAUAGAACAAUAAUAUUCGAUAAUAUUCAUAUACCAUAACUUGUUCAGCCAUUCUCCAACUGAUGAGCAUCCAGUCAGUUUCCAGUUACUUGCCACUACAAAAAGGUCCACUACAAACACUUUGGCACACAAUUUCCCCUCCCUUAUGAUCUCUUUUACAAGAAACACUGCUGGAUCAAAGGGUAUGCACAGUUUGAUAGCUCUUUGGGCAUAAUUCCAAAUUGCUCUCUAGAGUGGUUGAAUCAGUUCACAAUUCCACCAAGAAUGUAUUAGUGUCCCAGUUUUCCCACAUUUCUUCUGACAUUUAUCCUCCUUUUCCUGUCAUGUUAGCCAAUUGGAGAGGCAUGUGGUGGUACCUCAGAAUUGUUUUAAUUUGCAUUUCUCUGAUCAAUAAUGAUUUAGAGCACCUUUUCAUAUGGCUAGAAAUAGUUUUAAUUUCUUCAUCUGAAAAUUGCCUGGAACAUAUAUUUUUCCAAGUCCUAUUAGAAUUGUCAUCUUUCUGAGUUAAAUGUAGCUACAGACACUAGCUGUUUGACCCUAGGCAAGUCACUUACUCCUAUUUGCCAUAGUUUUCUUAUCUGUAAAAUAAGCUACAGGAGGAAAUGCCAAAUUACUCCAGUAUCUUUGUCAAGCAAACCCCAAGUGGGGUCAUGAAGAGGUAGACGAAGCUGAAAGGACUGAACAACAUUAAAACUGUGGAUUUCAGCAGUUUGAACAAAAGCUAUAGCAAGUAGUAGAAGAAUAAAAUAACUAAAUUUUUUUUUUUUUUGCCCCAUAGGGCACUGAUGGGUUACAAAAUAUGAAUACAUAAAAUAAGACAAGACCCUCUCACUCUUAGAACUUACAGUCUCUUAUGUGAAUACAACACAUAUGUCAAUAAUCACAAGACAAACUAGAACAUAGCGAAUAUAUGAGGAAGCUAUAAACAUUGCUACCUGAGGAUUCAGAAAGGAAAGGUUAUUUCUCUGGGAAUAUAAAGGAAAGUUUUAGGGGAAAGUUGUCAUCAAUCUAAGUUUUGAGAAAUAGCUAGGGUUUCCACAAAUGGAGAUAAGAAACAUUGGUCACUUGAGAUUUUUCAAGCAAUCAGUCCAUCAACAUUAAGCACCUAUUAUGUGCUAGCAGGAUGAUGAUUUGUUAGGGAUGGUAUUAAAAGUAGUAUAUGGAAGAGAGUAUUAUGAGAUAACUGGAAAGUUAGGGAGGUGCUAGACUGGAGUUUGAACUUUAUUUGAUAGAUAAUAGGGAGUUAAUGAAGGAUUUUGAACUUAGAUAAGUAGGGUACAGGUAAUGGGAUAAGAUAAUAGGGCAAGUAGGUUAGAUCUGAUUCCUGACUGAAAGAUAUGUUACUCAGAAUUAUGAUGUGUGUGUUGGGAAUGGGGAAGAUCAUUAACAGGAAGUUAAAAAAAAAGUCCUUAGAAGAUAGGGGAUGACUUAAGUAGCGCAGUAUUAAAGAAGAUCUGGCAACCGACUCAGAUGGCAAGGCCACAAAGAAUUAAUGAAAACAUUAAUAAUGUUAGUAAAAUUAGAGGAAGUGGAAUCUAGGUUAGGAAAAAAAGAAUAAACUAGGCAGAAGUAGUUCCUUCUACAAUUUUCCCUGGACUGUUUGAGUUAACCUUUCAUUCAUCACAUGGUAUGGUAGAAAGAACACUGAACAUGGAGGCAAGUUACCUAGAUUUGAGUCUCUGCUAAUUAGUUUUUUAUUUAGUUUCCUCUAAUAUAAAGUAAGGAUAAUAAUAGUAGCCACUUCCCAGGAUUGUUGUAAGAAUCAAUAUUUGAUAAAUUAUAUUCAUAAAAACAUAUGGAAAAUGUUAACACAGCACUUGACAUAUGCUAUUGUUCAGUCAUUCAGUAGUGUCCAACUCUUUGUCAUCUCAUUUGGGGUUUUCUUGGCAAAGAUACUGGAGUGACUUGCCAGUUGCUUCUUUGGUUUUUUUCAGAUGAGGAAACUGAGGCAGAUAGAAUUAAAUUACUUGCCCAGGGUCACAGAGUUAAUAAGUGAUUGAAGCCAGACUUGAACUAUGGAAGUCUUUUCUUACUCUCUCCAAUGUGACAUCAAGCUGCCCCUCAGGCAAAACAGUAGGUGCUAUGCAAAUGCUUACUCUAUUUCAGUUCCCUCAUACCCCACAUUGCAUGUUCUUCUGUAAAUCACUUAGCCUCAGCUACCUCAUCUGUACUAGACAUAAUAGACAAUAAGUUGUACUACCUCAUCUAGGAUGGUUGUGAGAAUCAAAUGAGAUAUAAAAUGAAAUGCUAUUAUGCUAUUGGUGAAAUUUAUGCUUUACUGAAACUUCUGCACAAAAUGCAUUCUUUUUGGACAGUUAUCUUGGUGAGAGGAAGGAAUUUGCAUCCCUGUUCCCAGGGCUCAGAUAAUCUUCUUAGCACUAAUGUUCAGUAAGAAACAGUUAGGACUUGGGUAGAUACUUUUAGUAACAUAUUAAGCUUCUGAGGUUUGUGGAAAGAUCGGGAAGAAGAGCUUCAUUUCACUUGCUAUUUCACCUUAAUUAUAUUGUUUUGUUAGUGGCCUUUUUUGGGAAUUGUAUCAGAGAAUGGGAGGGUAGAAAAGUUUCAAGUAUGUGUGGGCUUAGAGUUUAUGAUGGACAUUUCUUUGCAACUAAUACUUUGAUUCAAUUCAGCAAAAAUAUUUUAAAACUUUGCAGUGUAAGGAGUGGUUUUCAAUUUUUUGAUGUUAAUAUAUAGAUAUACAAAUAAUACUUUUUGAUGUGUAGUUCUAACUGUAUGCUGGGAUAGGACUUUGUAAGUGAAUGAAGAAAUGAAAAAAAAAUUUAAAUCACUUUUUUAUGUGCAGGUCCUUUUUAAGAUUUUGGGGAUACAACCACGAUAGCAUUUAUACAGCACUUUAAGGUUUACAAAGUGCUUUACAAUAUUUUCUUAUUUUUUCCUCACAACUCUUAUUUUUCCCAUCUUUCAGAUGAGGAAACUGAGUCUUUUAAAGGUUAAAUGAUUGGCUCAGAGUCACAGAACUAGUGCUGAGAUCUUCCAAACUACAGAUCCAGCACUAUCUAGGGGAACCUUAGGGAGGGGUUUGUAAGACACUAGAGUUUGAGGCCUUUAGGGAAUUUAGGGAAAGAUAAAACCUAUAUGGGAGGGGUAGUCAGGGAAGGGAGUGUCUGAGCAUUACUGGGAUGGUGAAUUGAUCAGUUCUUUUCAGGAAUCUUGUUAGUGUGAUAAUAUUUGUUUUGAUUACUGAAUUCAGAGCCAGCAGUGGAUGGCUGGAGGGGCUGUGGAGCAUUAUAGCAUCUGGUGAUUUGGGGAAGGCUGGUAGAGCUGGUGCAGCUCACUCCUUAGUUUAUAUGGUUAGGCCCCAGGGUUGCAAUUCCAAAGAUAAGUGGAUUAAUAUCCCCUGGGCCAGAGGAACAUUUUUUUUCUGGUGUUUAGUCCAGAUGUACUGCUCCAGGUGGAGAGAAACAUUAGGAGAGGAUGGUCAAGGUGGAUGGCUGGAAGGGAUGUGAAGCAUGUUCCAUGACAGUGUACAAAUACACAUUUGCUGUGUUUUCUAUGGAAGUUGCUCUCCAAAUUUUUUUUUUUCCCACAGAUGAUCUGUAACUCUAAAGUAUCAUACUUACUAUAUUUCUUUCUACUUCUGGGUAUGAUAACCAGUGUUCUUUGGGUCAUUAGGCUCUAAAGAAGAUCCAGCAUUAUAGAGAGUUCACUUUCAAUUAAUUUCUAAGUCAUAUGGAUUACAUCUCCAUGAUGUCUGUCAAAAUUAUUUUCUAUCAUUAUUACCCCCAUUCCAGUGUACUAGCCCUUGAUACAGCUAAUAAAUGUAAAUUCCUUGAGAGCAGGGAAAGUUUAUCAUUCUUUUCUCUAUUCUCAGUACCAGUACCUAGUACUUAGUAAUUGCUGAAUAAAUGCUUAUUAAAUUUUUUUCUGAACUACAGAAGUAGGCUCUUAUUAGGUUUUCAUUAGUUUCUUUACCCCCUACUACAUUCUAUUCAUUAUUCAGAAAUUAAUAUCCCUAAAGCAUAAUUUAGGUCCUGCUAAUCCCUUGUUAAAAUUUUUUUGAAUGGCUCUCUCAGAAUAAGCUCAAACUUCUCAACCUGGCAUUCAAGGCUCCCCAGUAUCUUUUUUUAGUCUUCCCUAAAAAAAAAAAAAAAAAAAAAAAAAAAAAAAAAAAAAAAAAAAAGCAAUUUAUCAUUUCUUGAACCUGCUUCUCUCUUUCUGGUGAAUUAACUCUUGUUGUUCUCUUUGCUUGAAAUGAUUCACUCCCUCCAUAUUUCUUUAAGGUCGAGUUUAAAUAUGCUCCCUCUUCCAUGAAGUAUCCCCCCAACUCCUUCAAUUGUAUAUUGUCUCACUUUCUCUAAUUUGAAACUUUAACACUUGACAUAUUCCGUCUCAUGCUCUUGUUAUUUGUAUAUCUGCAUUAUCACGUUCCCACUGCUCUCAGACUGUAAAUUUUGUCAGUCAUCUUCAUUGACCAACCUUAAAACAUAAUUUCUUAUACACAGUAGGCACUCAAUACUUAUCAGUCAAUAAACAUUAAGUAACUACUAUGUACCAAGCAACACCAAAAAAAAGGGCAAAAGACCUGCCUUCUAGGAGGAGCUCAAAAUCUCACGGGAUAAGAUAAGUAAAAAAAUAGAUAUAUAGGCUGUGUAACAAGAUAAUUAAGAGAGAGGAAUUACUGGAAGCUUCCUGUAUUCAGUUGGGAUUUUACUUGAGACCUGAAGCAAACCAGUAGGUAGAAGAGGUAGCACAUUCCAGGCUCAUGGGGGAGAGCCAGAGAAAAUGCAGAGGUGGAGGGAGGGUAGUGUUCCUGGAACAAUAAAUCACUGUGUUGAAGAGUUUAUAUUGGGAAGAAUGAGGGAGGAAGGAAGGUGCCAAAAUGUUCUACACCAUUUUGUAUUUGAUUCUAGAGGCAAAGGGAGUCACUGGAAUUUAUCGACUCCAGGUUGAUAUGGUCAGACCUACCCUUUAGGAAAAUCACUUUGGUGGCUGAAUGGAGGAUGGAUAGAGACUGGAGACAGGCACACUCACAAGCAGGAUACAGCAAUAGUUCAGAAGUGUGAUACUGGCCUACAGCAAAGUGAUUGGCAGUAUCAGAGGAAAGAUGGCCCAAUGAAGAUAUGUUGCAAAGAUGAAAUUGACAGGCCUUGGCAACAGAUUGAAUGGAUACUAUUCAUGAAUUGUAUCAAGUAUUCUCCUGUAGCCUUGCCAUUUCUAUGUAACUGUAAGCAAAACUUAUUUUACUGUGCCCCUUAUAAACUCCCAUCCAUCUCAUUUCCUACCCUCCUCCCAAAAGGCUUUUUCUUUACUGUCUUAGUAUGAGUUAUACAAAUCUUCUCCUAUUGGGAAAAUCUGAGGGAUCUUUCAAAUUCUAUUCUUUAUUGGUCCUGGAACUAUGGAAUCAGAUUUUGGAGCUGAAAAGGACAGUAGAGGUCAUUUAGUCCAUCCCCUCAUUUUUUCCAGUUGAGAAAACUACGAGAGGUUGAAUUGAAUUGACUAGGACUUAUUAGCUUGUACCCUUAUGGCAAAAGUAGUUGCUAGGGAUAGUUGCAAAAAGGUCUCAGCCUUGAUAUAUCGAAAAACUUCCUAACAAUUAGAUCUGUUCUAAGGUAGAAUGAACUUUCUUUCCAGAGAUCGUCAGUGGUAAAGGCGGACUAUUUGGUUGGAUUCUUACACGUGGCCCCGCUAUCCCUGAAAUGAACAAGAAUUUUUCAUUUUUAAACAUGCAAACCCAUGAACACUUUUUUGAUUAGUAAGGAAAGAACGUGGGAAUUCAUUCCUGACCUAGAGCGGGAAGACUCGAAGCUGGCUCCCUCUUUUGGUCAUGAAUGGCGGUUGGAGGGUGGUCUAGUGGUCCCGGUCCUCAGUCUCCUCGGGCUAUUUUUUGCUUAAAAGAACAAUAGUUCAGCUUCUGCCCGGGCGAUAGUUCCAAGUUCGGAGUACCUUGGCCGAGUCCCAACUCUGCUUCCUUCCGUGCAGCUACAUUCCUGGAGGGUUCCAGGCGUGCCUAGAACCCCGGGCUCCCCACGACUCUCCUUCCUCUCUCUCCCCGCCCCCAGAAACGCCUCCGUGGCUCGGGCCCGAGGGCUGGGCAUGCUCAGUAAGCAAGGGCAGAUGUGAGCGCCGCUGGCCGGCCUGGGGUUCCUCGGCUCCGGCUUCUUGUGGUGCCCCAGCCCCCUUCUCCUCCCAACAGGGAGACUGGUUAAGUUGGGCACAGAGGACCCCUCCAGAGCAAGAGAAGGAGGUAACUCUCGGGGGUGGGCCGCUUGGGUCCGAAUCCUUUCCUUCGUGAAGCCGCGGUCUCGGCUGGACGGGGCGUGAGCGACGAGGCCGGCCUGCCCCGGCUGGCAUGGCGCCGGUUGCCGGGAGAGACGGGUGGUAGCUGGGGCAGAGGAAGGAACCUGGGGUCGCUUCGGCCCCGACCGCUCCGCGGAGCCCCCCUCAGCUUUCGGCUCCCUCACCCGGGAGGCCCCGGGCCGAGCGGCCGACGCCGAACGACUCCGGGACUUUUGUCCAAGUUGAAUCCCCUCCCCCUGGGCCGGGCCUGCGCCGCCGGCCCCCGCCCCCGGCCCCGCUCGCUCGCUCGCUCCCGGGAGAUGUUUAUUUGGGCAGCGGCGUGAGAGGAGCGAGCUGCGGCCGACCUGGAACUGCAGCUUCUGCCUUAAGAGUGAGAAGCCUCGCUUGGCGCGGGAGAGACGCACAAAAUGUCCGCCAGAACUGCGGCCGCCAAGAGUACAACAAUGGAGGAAACAGCUAUAUGGGAACAACACACAGUGACGCUUCACAGGGCUCCUGGAUUUGGGUUUGGAAUUGCAAUAUCAGGAGGAAGAGAUAAUCCUCAUUUUCAGAGUGGUGAAACCUCAAUAGUUAUUUCUGAUGUGUUGAAAGGAGGUCCAGCUGAAGGACAACUUCAGGAAAAUGAUCGCGUUGCAAUGGUUAAUGGUGUUUCCAUGGACAAUGUGGAACAUGCUUUUGCAGUUCAACAAUUAAGGAAAAGUGGAAAAAAUGCAAAAAUUACUAUUCGAAGAAAGAAAAAAGUUCAGAUACCAGUUACCCGUCCAGAUCCUGAGCCAGUAUCUGAAAAUGAAGAGGACAGUUAUGAUGAAGAUGUACAUGAUUCAAGAGGUACACGAAGUGGUCCAGUUGUUGGUAGAAGGAGCGAAAAGAGUUGGGUGAGAGAUCGAAGUGCAAGUCGAGAAAGAAGUUUGUCUCCUCGAUCAGACAGGAGAUCUGUUGCUUCUAGUCAACCUGCAAAACCUACCAAAGUAACAUUGGUGAAGUCUAGAAAAAAUGAAGAAUAUGGACUUCGUUUAGCCAGUCAUAUAUUUGUAAAAGAAAUAUCACAAGACAGUUUGGCAGCAAGAGAUGGCAAUAUCCAAGAAGGUGAUGUUGUAUUGAAGAUAAAUGGGACUGUGACAGAAAAUAUGUCAUUGACAGAUGCAAAGACAUUAAUAGAAAGGUCCAAAGGCAAAUUGAAAAUGGUUGUACAGAGAGAUGAGCGAGCUACGCUUUUGAAUGUCCCUGAUCUUUCUGAUAGUAUUCACUCAGCUAAUGCAUCUGAAAGAGAUGACAUUUCAGAAAUUCAGUCGCUGGCAUCAGACCAUUCUAAUCGAUCACAUGACAGACCCCGCCGCAGCCGUUCACGCUCUCCUGACCAGAGGUCAGAGCCUUCAGAUCAUUCCAGGCAUUCUCCACAGCAACCCAGCAAUGGCAGUCUCCGGAGCAGAGAAGAAGAGAAGAAUUCCAAACCUGGAGCAAUCUCUACACCUGUAAAAAGCAUAGAUGAUCUCAUGCCUACUAAAAUCAUAGAAGAAGCUGUAGUUGAAAGGAAUGAAAAACAACCCCCUGCUCUUCCAGAACCAAAACCUGUGUAUGCUCAAGUUGGGCAGCCAGAUGUGGAUUUACCUGUUAGUCCUUCUGAUGGUCUUCUACCCAAUUCAACCCAUGAAGAUGGAAUGCUUCGGCCAAGCAUGAAACUAGUAAAAUUCAGAAAAGGAGACAGUGUGGGUUUACGUUUGGCCGGUGGUAAUGAUGUAGGAAUUUUUGUAGCUGGAGUUCUGGAAGACAGUCCUGCUGCUAAAGAAGGCUUAGAAGAAGGUGACCAAAUUCUCAGGGUAAACAAUGUAGAUUUCACAAAUAUCAUCCGAGAAGAAGCUGUGCUUUUUUUGCUUGACCUCCCUAAAGGAGAAGAAGUGACAAUCUUGGCACAGAAAAAGAAGGAUGUUUAUCGUCGCAUUGUAGAAUCAGAUGUAGGAGAUUCUUUUUAUAUUAGAACACACUUCGAAUAUGAAAAGGAAUCUCCUUAUGGGCUUAGUUUCAACAAAGGAGAAGUGUUCCGUGUAGUGGAUACCUUAUACAAUGGAAAAUUGGGUUCUUGGCUGGCUAUACGAAUUGGCAAAAAUCACAAGGAGGUAGAAAGAGGCAUCAUUCCUAAUAAGAACAGAGCUGAGCAGCUAGCCAGUGUUCAGUAUACACUUCCAAAGACAGCAGGAGGAGAUCGUGCUGACUUUUGGAGAUUCCGAGGUCUUCGUAGCUCUAAAAGAAAUUUACGUAAAAGCAGAGAGGAUCUCUCUGCUCAACCAUUUCAGACUAAGUUUCCUGCUUAUGAAAGAGUUGUUCUUCGAGAAGCUGGAUUUCUCAGACCUGUAACUAUCUUUGGACCAAUUGCUGAUGUUGCAAGAGAGAAACUAGCAAGAGAAGAACCAGAUAUUUAUCAAGUGGCAAAAAGUGAACCUAGAGAUGCUGGCACUGACCAACGGAGCUCUGGAAUUAUACGACUUCACACUAUUAAACAAAUUAUUGAUCGGGAUAAACAUGCUUUAUUAGAUGUAACACCAAAUGCUGUUGACCGUCUAAAUUAUGCACAGUGGUAUCCUAUUGUGGUAUUCCUCAACCCUGAUUCUAAGCAGGGUGUUAAAACAAUGAGAAUGCGAUUGUGUCCAGAAUCACGUAAGAGUGCCAGAAAAUUAUAUGAACGGUCUCAUAAGCUUCGUAAAAAUAAUCAUCAUCUUUUUACAACUACUAUUAAUUUAAAUUCAAUGAAUGACGGUUGGUAUGGAGCACUGAAAGAAGCUAUUCAGCAACAGCAGAACCAGCUGGUUUGGGUUUCAGAGGGAAAGGCGGAUGGUGCUACAAGUGAUGACCUUGAUUUGCAUGAUGAUCGUCUAUCCUACCUGUCAGCUCCAGGUAGUGAAUACUCAAUGUAUAGCACGGACAGUAGACACACUUCUGACUAUGAAGACACAGAUACAGAAGGUGGGGCCUACACUGAUCAAGAACUAGAUGAAACUCUUAAUGAUGAGGUUGGGACUCCCCCGGAGUCUGCAAUUACACGGUCCUCUGAACCUGUAAGAGAGGACUCCUCUGGAAUGCAUCAUGAAAGCCAAACAUACCCUUCUUAUUCACCACAAGCGCAGCCACAACCAAUUCAUAGAAUAGACUCCCCAGGAUUUAAAACAGCCUCUCAACAGAAAGCAGAAGUCUCAUCUGCAGUCCCUUACCCUUCGUCUGAAACACACCCUGCAUCAACCUCUGCUGUUAAUCCUAAUGUAAAUCUAACUAAUAUCCAACUGGAGGAGCCAGUCCCAGCUCCUUACAACUCCUAUCAGCCACAAGCGGGCCCCUUAACACCACCAAGUACUGAGACAUCUCAAAUAGUGCUAAGAGAUCAAGAACCAUCAUUGUCGUCGCAUGUAGACCCGGCAAAGGUAUAUAAAAAGGAACAAUAUACUGAAGAACCAUCAAGACAAAAUUAUGUUAUGAAACAGUUGCCUGUUAACCACCCAGUGCAGAGACAAGAGAAAGAGUCUAAUUUAAGCUAUGAACCUCAACCACCUUAUGCAGAAAAACAAUCUAGCAGAGAUAUUGAACCACCUGCAUUCAAGUAUGAGUCUACUAACUAUGCAGAUCAGUUGUCUCGAAGCUAUGACCCUCGCUUGCAUUAUGAUGAUCAUCGUACACCUUCUUAUGAAGACCAGUGGUCAUAUUUUGAUGACAAACAGCCUUACCAACCACGGUCUUCCUUUGAUAAUCAGCACCCUCGAGACUUUGACUCUAGACAGCAUGCUGAUGAGGCUUCAGAACGUCCUUACUUUCCAGUACAACCCCGUUUUGAAGAACCAACCCCAGUAUCUUACGACAGUAGAUCACGAUAUGAACAACCCCCUAAAAACUCUAACCUCCGCUAUGAAGAACAGCCAACUUCUGGUUAUGAUAUUCAUGGUAGAUAUAAAUCAGAAGCCCAGCCUUACUCAUCAGCAAUGUCCAAGUCUUCUGAAACUAAACAGUAUUUUGAUCAGUACUCUCGAAAUUAUGAACAAGUACCACCACAAGGAUUUAAUGCUAAAGUUGGGCAUUAUGAGCCUUCUUCCCAUGGGUCUACAGGUGUUCCUUCUCUAAUACCUUCAUCUCAAAAGACCGAGGUGCUGCCUUCAAACACCAAACCACUUCCACCACCACCCACUAUAAUUGAAGAUGAGGAAGAUCCAGCAAUGAAGCCACAGUCUGUGCUUACCAGAGUCAAAAUGUUUGAAAACAAAAGGUCAGCAUCAUUAGAAAGUAAGAAGGACAUUAAUGAUACAGCUACUGUUAUUAAGCCCCCAGAAAUAGCACCUAAACCUGCAGUUGCUCCCAUCAGUGGUCCUAAAUCUACUUCUCAAAAUCAGUUCAGUGAACAUGAUAAAACACUCUACAGGUCCCCAGAACCACAGAAACCUCAGGUGAAGGCACCUGAAGAUAUUGUUCGUUCAAAUCAUUAUGAUCCUGAGGAAGAUGAGGAAUACUAUCGAAAGCAACUUUCAUAUUUUGAUCGAAGAAAUUUUGAAAACAAACCUUCAGCACAAGUUCCUGCUGGCCAUCUUGUAGAAUCUGUCAAACCAAUUCAUUCUUCAAAUCAACUCGGUUUUUCUAGUUACUCUAAGGGAAAACCUAUUGAAACUGAUAUUAUGGAUAGAUCUUUUGGUGAAAAACGCUAUGAAUCAACUCAAGUUACUCCUCCACCACCUCCACCUCUUUCACAAUAUAGCCAACCUUCUCAGCCUGUUACCAACUCUUCACUAUCUCUUCAUACACAUCCCAAGGGACUCCUUUCUGAAGGGAACUCAUUGUCAUUGGACUUUCAGAAUUCUAUAGUGUCUAAGCCAGACCCACCUCCAUCUCAAAAUAAGCCACUAACGUUCCGAUCUUCAAACCGAGAAGAUACUGUUCAGUCUACUUUCUAUCCUCAAAAAAGUUUUCCUGACAAAGGCCCAGUUAAUGGAACUGAACAAACUCAGAAAACAGUUACUCCUGCAUACAACCGAUUUACACCAAAACCUUACACGAGCUCUGCCAGACCAUUUGAACGAAAAUUUGAAAGUCCUAAAUUCAAUCACAAUCUGCUGCCAAAUGAAACUCAUCAUAAACUGGAGUUGUCACCUAAGGCUCCAAAUUCCCCUAAAACAUUUUUGAAAGCACACAGUUCAUCACAACCUCCUGAGUUUGAUAGUGGAGUAGAGACAUUCUCCGUUCAGACAGAUAGGCCCAAAUAUCAACCAAAUAAUAUUAGUACAGUGCCUAAAGCCAUUCCUGUGAGUCCUUCAGCUUUGGAAGAUGACGAGGAUGAAGAUGGUCACACUGUUGUAGCCACAGCGAGAGGAAUUUUUAAUAGCAAUGGUGGUGUCUUAAGUUCCAUAGAAACUGGAGUUAGUAUAAUUAUUCCACAAGGAGCCAUCCCUGAAGGAAUUGAGCAAGAAAUCUAUUUCAAAGUCUGCCGAGACAAUAGCAUCUUACCACCUUUAGAUAAAGAAAAAGGUGAAACGCUGCUCAGUCCUUUAGUUAUGUGUGGGCCCCAUGGACUAAAAUUCCUGAAGCCAGUGGAGCUACGCUUACCACAUUGUGCGUCUAUGACUCCUGAUGGUUGGUCUUUUGCUCUAAAAUCAUCCGACUCCUCGUCGGGUGAUCCUAAGACCUGGCAGAACAAGUCUCUUCCUGGAGAUCCAAAUUAUCUUGUUGGAGCAAAUUGUGUUUCUGUCUUGAUUGACCAUUUUUAAUACUUAAAAGUAGAAACUUGAUUAAAUAAUGUGAAACUGGGUUAGACUUACUGAAUUUUAAGUGGAACCACUCUAUCAAGUAUUAUGCUGUUCAUAGAAUUGAUGAUGGGACUCCUUAAUAUUAAGCAUUUUAUUUCAGCUUAUGAUGGUUAAGCAAGUACACCCUUGAACCACAGUCAAAAACAUGCCAUAGGACUGAGAUUUUGAUGGAAAAUUGGUAUUGACUGAGGGCAGGCGUGGGUGUGGGUAUUCUGAAUGCAUUUUAGUUUUGAAUUGGUUUUUGUAUUUUUUAAGGGCACUGGGAACUUUACAUUGGUAGAUUUCCGUUAAGUUACCAACCAGUGAAGGGAGGAAGCAUUUUGGGCUGUAUUCUUUUUUAACUACACUGUUGUUUCUAGCAUUUUGGCCAGGGUUUGACAGACACAUAGUUUAUUUUAAUUUGCACAGGAUAUAUACACAUAUAUGCACAUGUGUGUAUAUACACACAGACACACACAUGCAUAUUCCCUCUUUAAGUGCAAAUACAUCUGGAGCAAACAUCCAGUCCAGUGGGAUUUGUAGCAAUUACAGCUAGGGUAAUUUGACAAAUUGACAUUGACUCACUGUGUUGGUUGUGAGAAAAAUUCAAGUUUUUCUUGAGAUGGACAUAGAGCAAAUGAGACUGGAUCAAUGGCCUAUUUGAAUCUAUAAAUUAACCACAUUACUACAAACAUAUUAACCAGCAGGGAUGCCUUACCCUUAAUUUUUUUAUAGUUUUAGAUCAUCUUAGUUCUGUAUGGCUAAGUUUUUGUAUGGCUUUUGUGCUUAUCUGUAUAAUAUAUCAUGAGAAAGAUUGGAGGGAAAUGAUUGUGAACUUGUUGGUUUGAAACAAAAUGUGAUCAAAAUAGAACCAGAAGAAAAUAAUGGUAUAGGAUUGGGGUUUUUUUUGCCCUUGGGGUGGGGAGGGUUUGCUAUGCAUUUGAAAAUUUAUAGUUGUUAUAAGAAUGCUUGUACAUAAUGCGUGCAUACCCUUUUGUUCUUGGUUUGUAAAUUAACUUUUAUAAACUUUACCUUUUUAUAUAUACAUAUAUAUAUAUAAAACAAGUUUCAUAAAAGAUAUCUUUGUAUUCUCUCCUAUACCUUUUGAGCCUUGAACUUUGACAUCUUGCAGCAAUAAAGCAGCAGCAUUUCUAUGAUAAAAAUACAAGGACAUUUUUUAGAACAAGAAUGCAGAGUUGUUACAUUUUUAAGUGCUGCAUUUGAAAGAUGCAUUACUCAAAAUUCUCUAGUUUGGUUAAAUUCUUGAAAAGUAUCCCUACUGUAAUUUGUGAUACAGAUGCUGUUAUUAUGUGCCCUAAAAUGUAUUUUUUUACUAAUAGACAAUUUAUUAUGGCACAUCAGCACUAUUUGUUUAGAAUGAUAUACCACUGCAUUCUGUUAAUCAAUUAUAUUAGCUCUUCAGGUGUGGCUGUUUUUUUUUUUUUCCUUUGCAGUUAUUAAAAAAUUCAAAUUUCUAAAUAAGCAGAAUAAAACUUUUUAAAAUAAUAAAA